GAAUAAAAAUAAUUAAAAAAUAUUCUAGAGACCUCUUUUUUUUGUGUUGAUUAGUCGGGAAAAAAAACCCCCAAUAUUUAUAAAAACAACCUAUAGUGUACAGCAGUUCAGCAAAUCAGUAUUGUGAGGAAAAGUUAUCAAUUGAUGAAUGUUAAAAUUUUAUAAUUUUUUAACUGUCUCACAAUUUUUAUUAAUGGCUUCAUUUGGACGUUACAAUGGGCGAUCUAAUAGAGAACUUGUUCAAUAUCUUAAACGGUCUGGAAUUAUAAAGUCAGAUCGUGUAUUUGAAGCAAUGUGCGCUGUUGAUCGUGGAAAAUACGUAAUUAGAGGAAACCCAUACGUAGAUUCACCUCAAGGUAUUGGUUAUGGAGUAACAAUAAGUGCUCCACACAUGCAUGCAUAUGCAUUGGAAUUUCUUGAAGAUAAAUUGAAAAAUGGAAAUCGUGCACUGGACAUUGGCUCAGGCUCCGGAUAUUUAACAGCAUGCAUGGGAAUGAUGGUGAGUUCUGAUGGAGUUGCUAUUGGUAUCGAUCAUAUUUCUGAACUCCAAGCUCUUGCUACUCGUAAUAUCAAAGCAGAUAACCCAGAGUUACUUGAAAGCGGUCGAGUUAAAUUAUUCGUUGGAGAUGGAAGAGAAGGAUAUCCAGCUGGUGCACCUUACGAUGCCAUUCAUGUUGGAGCGGCAGCCAGAGAAACACCACACGCUCUAAUUGAUCAACUAGCGCCAGGCGGUCGUCUAAUAGUACCGAUAGGCCCAGAAGGUGCUGAUCAAAAACUCGUACAAAUAGACAAAACAAUGAAUGGAGAAAUAAAACAACGAUCGUUGAUGGGUGUUGUUUAUGUACCUUUAACUGAUAAAGAACGACAAUAUCAAUCAUGAAAUAAAUGUUUGCUCCAAUGAGCUUUUUUUGUUUAUUUAUUUUAUUAUUUACUUUUUUGUACUAUUAACUGAUAUUUUGAAUUAAUGCUCAAUAUUUAAUUAAACAAUUUUUAUUUAUUUUCUGAUAUUUUCAUUUUACUCAACUUGAUUUUAUAAAAAACUUUAUUAUAAUCUUCGAGUUCGAACUGUAAAUUAAUAAAUUUAAAAAUGUUUAAGUUAUCAUUAUUAUUAAACCCGAAUGUUAUAGAUUAUAAUUUUUAACUGCGUAA